AUGAACACUCAACCCGUUUCCCCUGGAAACAUCGAACCAUCCCCAAAUUCGCGUCCUCCGCCACCUAUCGCCACGCUGAUGGACGACCCCGAGGAAGCACCUGUGCCUGUGCAUAAUGAGCCCCCUCCACUGCCCUACUCAUUACACACCCGGAAGAAGUCCAUCGCCUUUUUCUGGACUAUAUUUAUUCUGGAUACGUUGGGCCAACCGGUCGCGUUGUAUUGGGGACUGUGGUAUGGCACUGACUUAUCGCACAAUCUGGUGUUUUCCAUCGUUACGGCUUGUUUAGGAGGUAUCUCUGUUUUCGAAUACUUCUACCGACUACACCACCUUUUCCGCAAGAACUCGCGAGCUCGACCAUUGAAUGCGCGGGUAUCACGGCUGGACUUCUUUCACAUAAACUUCACUAUCGUCUGGCUGAUUCUUGCCGUCGAGCUGAUUGUUGGAACGGUACCUCAAGAGCCAUAUGUCCGUCUUGUCGCCAUGGUCCUCCCAACAGUGAUGUUCUACUUUGGAAUCGUUCAUCUCUCCCUCGAUAUCCUCCGCAUGGCCGGCUACAAAGCCCCUUUCCGCAUCUCAUCCACACCCAAAGGCUCCGCAAUGCCAACAGCUCUAUACGCUCUAAUCGAGGAUGUUGUCGCCGUCGACGGCGGUGGCGGUCAAAUGUAUCGCUACGCCCUUCGAACCCGAUACCUCUCCAGUCCAUACUUCCGACGCAUGCUCUUUGAAAUGAACUGUUUCUGGAGUGGAGGGUCAAUCAUCUGCGCAGCCGCAAUAACAGCAGUCAUCUUCACCGUUUCAGAACCCGUUGCAUUCACACUGGGCUGGUCCCUCCCCUUCGCCUGGGCUUUGAUAUGGACCGCUAUUACGAUUCCCUGGGUCCAAAGUGACCUUCGUCGUGAAAAGAAGGCUUGGGCGGAAAAUAGAGGCCAGGGCGGAAUCCCUUGGGUCGACGAUAUCACUGCGCCAUCGGAUCGAACACGUUUCGCUUCCGUACAUGCGCGGAUACCUUAUCCGUGGAGAGAAAAGCAAACCGCACCGUCUACGCCAUCGGUUGAUGGUGCGGAAUGUGCGGAUGGUGCCUCACAUGAUCGUCACAAUGGCGUUGAUGCUGCGGCUGCGGCUUUGGAAGGUAAACCUGAGCGUGGGCAUGAUCAUGCCAAUGAUGAUAGUGCUACUAAUGGGAUUGAACGGAAAAUCAAAGAGACAUCUCAUGACGCAAAUAACACAACAACAAAUGAUCAGGCGAGUCAUCAAUCUUGA